AUGUUUCCGGACUCGAAGGAAGCUAAGAACUACGCCUGCGCCCGUACGAAGACUACGGCGAUUGUGAAGGAAAUGGCCAAUAAAGAUAUCGACGAAGUGAUAAGUCACUUGCAGCACGCUCCGUUCUCAGUCGCCACAGACGGGAGCAAUGACGCCGGCAACGAUGCAAAACGGUAUCCAAUCGUGGUGACGUUCUGUGAUAGUACUGUUCGCACUGCCUUGCUCGUGAUGUCUGCCCUCGAAGGUAACUCCACGGGACGAAACAUCGGUGCGUUUGUUGUGGACACGCUAACGAGCAAAAAGAUACCGCUCCAGAACUGCAUCGGCAUGGCGUGUGAUAACGCGCCAGUCAUGAUUGGAUUAAAAAACGGAGUGGCUGCUGUGCUGAAAGAAAGCCAUGAGAACAUUGCCAUCAUGGGCUCCUGUUGCCAUUUGAUCAAUCUGGCGGCACAGAAAGGCUCAGCAUGCCUUCCACUGAAUGUGGAUCAGGUGCUAGUUGACAUUUUCUACUACCUCGAGAAAAGCUCAAAAAGGAAGGACAAGCUGAAAGCUUUUCAGUCUCUCCACGAUGUAGAGGCCAAGAAAAUUUUAAAGCAUGUCAGCACCAGGUGGCUCUCUCCUGGAAGGAGCCUGAAACGGCUUGUGGACCAGUGGCAGCCACUGCUUAGUUUCUUCCAUAGUGAAGUAAGGCCCUCCGGGCAGGUUUCCAAGUUUCCCAGCAAGCCAUGUACCCAUGUAACCUUCGCACUGACCUUCAGAAGCAUGCAAAGGAAGCGGAGAGCAGUCAUCAGAGCAAAAGACCAAGACUGGACACAAAUGUCCCCGUGUCGGAUACAGCUCCCAAGCGAACCCAAAACCGUCCAGGAAAGGUCUUAA